UAUAGGAAGACGAGAGAAAUCUUUCCCCGGGACAUAGUCUUUAGUUAUCGUAGCGUGAUCAAGGCUAUGUGCAGAGAUUUUUUUGUCACUCAGCUUGUUACUUGUAAAUACCUUUGUGUGAUUUAAAUAAUAAAUAAGCUAUUGUGAAUACCUUAAAGUAUGAAUAAUACAACAGAUGCUCCGGACUUCGAUCCUAAUAAUGGUAGAAAUGAGCCGGAUUAUAUGUACGUAUAUCUCGCAGCAGUAGAUAUUGUGGCUAUAACCGGUUUAGUUGGAAACAUAUUUUUGUUUUUCAUGAUGUUUCGCUCGGCAUUGAAACACGUAUCUUUCUCGGUAUACUUGAGUUACUUAGCUGUGAUACAAAGCAUUGUACUACUGCAGAUAGCCACAGAAGACACCCUGGAUCACGGAUUUUAUAUCCUGGAUGAAUUUCUAGAACCGAUUUGUCGUCCAUGGGUACUGCUUAUGGACACCACCAGGUUUGCCUCGACAUGGUUGGUUCUGGCGCUGACCAUUGACAGAUGUAUAGCCAUAUUCUUUACCAAAUAUAAAGAGGCCUUCUGCUCCAGGAAGGUUAGCCAUGGAGUAUGUCUAACAAUAAUCGCAAUCUGUUUGUUGUUGAGUCUUCCUGGAAAUGUGACCCCGCGGGUUCAACACGAUAAUAGUACUGAUCACGAAGAAGACGAUGGUCCAACAACAUGUCCGAACGAUUAUGAGGUCUAUAGAUUUAUAAUGAGUGGAGUUUUUCACACGCUUGUUCCAGUUUUGAUCUGUUGCGUGCUGGAUGUCAUCAUCUUGUUCAAAGUAAAACGAGCUGUUCAAAGAGUGGCGGUAAACCUCGAAACCCCACCGGAGGCGGUAGCAGUCAACGUCAGCCAAGCUGAGAAAGUCAAAUGGUGCUUAGUUGCUCUAUGCUGUUUAGCGGUAGUGACGCUGUUUCCAAUCGCUAUUAUCGAAUCUAUUGAGAAUUUUUCUUCGGAUGAAACAGCCGUGGAGAAUGCAGGAGAGGCUUGGAGGUUUUUCAACAUCGUUUUGCUCAUCAAUUAUGGCCAGAACUUCUACAUCGUCAUUAUCAUGUCCCUUUAUAUGAGGUGUCUCUUUAAACAGAUGUUAUGCGGUGAAAAGGUUCGGUAUAAAAGACCACAGGAAUUUGAUACGAUAUUGUCCGCUUCAGACAACAAUUUUCUUUAAUAAAAAAUUGUUUCCGGCUAACAGUUCAAGUACAUUCUUCAAUUUACCAAAUAAAUGAUCGUAACAACACAAUGUCCAAAAUCCGAAAAAAAGUUGGUUACUGUUAUUAGCAAGAGAUGGACUCUUCUGUAAUUACUCAAAGUUACUACUUAUAAGAUUCAUAUUUAAAGCAAUAUGUACUAUUCUAUUGAAGUUUAACUUCCUCUCAAUAGAAUGAAGUCAUGGAAUAUUUUUUAUUAUUUUGGAUCUGAACAGUGACAACAUGGCGUAAAAUCACAGGAUCGAACAGACGUAUACAUGGAUGAUAGACUUGUGAACCGCGACCAACGCCUUAUAGCCUUCUCGAUUGACAAAGAACACAAUCUGAUGAUUAAUAAUUCUAUAUUUUACAAACGGGAAUGGUUAUUUUAAGUACUCUGAAAUUUUAAUAAUAGUGUUAAAACUAGUGAUUAACAGUUUUUGAUAUGAAGAGUAUAUAGGACCUUAUACUUAAUAACCCAUGUAAUAAAACAGUAUAUAGGACCUUAUACUUAAUAACCCAUGUAAUAAAACAUCAAUAUAUUAUAAUUAUAGCAAUAAUAUUCACAUGACCGUUCAAUAAUCCAUGUAAUGAGGUAGCUAUACUUUUGUUAUAUUUUAAUGAAAGUGAUAAUAUGCACACUAUCUUUAUGUUUAAUAACCCAUGUAAUG